ACCACUGUUUGGUUAAGAGCUUAUUGCUCUGGUGUGGACUGGUUGGGGUUCUCUCUGGUUUUCUGCUUUCCGACUUUCUGUGAGGAUUUUAACAAAUACCUUAACCAGCUCUAGGGAGGACUUUUAUUAUUACUGUUUUUAAAUUAUUUCUGCAAGGCUGGUAGCCAGAGGUCCAAAAUACAGUCUUGGACAAAUUGAAUCAAAGUAGACCUGGCGGCAUUACAGAGUGUUGUCUUCCUCACAAACAAACAAUGAAGCUGUUUCUGCUCUGUAUUCUUCUAACUACUGGACUGGCAAAUGGGCACCGCAGUCCUCUCAACGACUACCAGCGCUCGGAGGGCAGAGAGCUUGUUCCGACCACCUGGAACCGAGAUCUGAUGCAGAUGUUGCCGGGGUUGAGCCUGGAGGAGUGUGCCAGCCGCUGCUCGCACUCUCUGGACUGCAGAGCUUUCAACUACGAGACCCGCCCCAUUGGCACCUGUAAACACCUGCCCUGGGUGGCCGACGGAAGCAACGCGGAAGUGAAAAGAAACGUCAACUGUGACCUUUACGAGAAGAAAGUCUACGUAAGAAAAUGCAUUGUGGGUAAAGGGGAAGACUACCGGGGGAAGGUUUUCACCACAAAGAGUGGACUCACCUGCCAGCAGUGGUGGUCCAAGUUUCCUCACGAUCACAGGUGGACUCCUUCCCCUACCAAUGGUCUGGAGCUGAACUACUGCAGGAACCCAGACGGGGACCGCAUCGGUCCGUGGUGCUACACCACCGACCCUGAGCGACGCUACGAGAGCUGCAACAUCGCCCAGUGUAAAGAUGAGGUGUGCAUCACUUGCAACGGAGAAGACUACAGAGGGCAGGUGGAUCACACUGUGAGUGGCAGAGAGUGUCAGAGAUGGGACCAGCAGUACCCUCAUCAACACAUCUACCAGCCUGAAAAGUACCCUGACAAGAGCUUAGAUGAUAACUACUGCCGUAACCCUGAUGCCUCUCCGGUGCCUUGGUGUUACACCACCGACCCUGAAAUGGAGAGAGAGAACUGUGACAUCAGCAAAUGCACUGAAGUCCUUGUGGAGAAGAGGCAGCGCUCCAGCUUCACCACCAACUGCUUCCGAGGCCGAGGCGAGGACUAUCGUGGCAAAGUCAACGAGACGACGUCGGGAAUCCCAUGCCAGCGAUGGGACGUCCAGCAUCCUCACGAGCAUCCCUUCAUCCCGAACAUAUACGAGUGCAAGGGUUUAGAGGAGAACUACUGCCGUAACCCAGAUGGCUCAGAGGCCCCCUGGUGCUUCACCUCAGUACCAGAGAUGAGGACUGCUCUCUGCCUGCAGAUCAAACGCUGUGCUGAUGACAUAGAGGCCGAGGACUGCUAUCAAGAAAAUGGAAAGAACUACAGAGGUGUUGUCCGCAAAACUCGCAAAGGCAUCAUCUGUCAGAAAUGGAACGUGAACACACCUCAUCUGACUAAGAUAAACCCACGGACACACCCGGACGCCAACCUGACGGAGAACUAUUGUCGUAACCCAGACGGGGACCAGCACGGACCCUGGUGCUACACCACCGACCCUAAAACUGAGUUUGACUACUGCGCCAUUAAACAGUGUGCUGGAGAAAAAGUGUCCCUGACAGAAACAGUAGAGACGGUGGAGUUCAGCGAGUGCGGGAAAAGAGAUGACCGUCCCCGGCCGACCAGGUUGCGUAUUGUGAAUGGAAUCCCUGGGAACUCACCAUGGACUGUGAGCCUCAGAGACAGGAAAGGAAACCACUUCUGUGGAGGAUCUCUGGUGAAUCCCAGAUGGGUGAUCAGCACAAAGCAGUGCUUCUCCUCCUGCUAUGUGGACCUGCCCGGCUACUCUGCCAUGAUGGGAACACUUUUCCGUGAUCCGCAGGAAGGAGAGCCUGGUGUGCAAACCAUACCUCUCACCAAGAUUGUGUGCGGACCCUCUGAGUCUCAGCUGGUUAUGCUGCAAUUGGAACAUCCGGCCCAGUUCAACGAGCGUGUCUCCCAGAUAUGCCUCCCUCCCGAGCGCUACAUAGUGCCAGAGCACACAAGGUGUGAAAUAGCUGGGUGGGGUGAGACGAGAGGGACUGGAGAUGAGACUGUCCUCAACGUUGCACACGUGCCGGUUAUCAGUAACAGCGAGUGCAAUAAGUACUUCAGAGGUCGCGUCCGAGAAAAUGAGAUGUGCACAAACUCUUUCCAAGCUGGAGUUGGAGCCUGUGAGAGAGACUACGGCGGCCCUCUGGCGUGUCAGAACGCCGACUGCUGGGUGCUGGAGGGCGUGAUCAUCCCCAUGAGGCGCUGCGGACACCCGGGACAGCCCAACAUUUUCAUCCGCGUGUCCGUGUACGUAGACUGGAUCAAGAAGGUCAUGGAGAUGGCUUAGCUGUCCGACUAGGAACUGAGCGAAUGCCUCAGCAUUUGCGAGACAUGCACGUUUUCAUCCUGUCAGAGAUUAAAACUUGUGCUAAUCAAACUGUACAAAUCGGGAUUUAUCUCCUGGGUUACAUAGCUGUAAUAUUACUGUGUCACUGGAAAGCCAGUUUAGGGUUCGUAUUGUUAGGGUGGGAAAACACAUAACUCAUUGUGAUUUGCUGUUUUGUAUCUGCUUCUUCUUUUUUUAUUUGCACUUAAACUUGGAGAUAAUUCAUCCUGAAAAUGACUGUGUUUGUUGACAUUUUUUAAUAUACUUUACAUCGCCUACUCCUUUUGUUUUAAAGAUAUAGAGGACGAUUUGUCAUAAAUGUAGGUAAGAAACACACAAGUCCAUUGUUUGAGAGUCUUACCUGCUCUUCCGCUCCUCACGGGGAUCGCGUGAAAGACUCUCCCAAAUAAAUUCUGGUCCUAUCUGUAUAGUAGCUCUCAGCCAUUUUCAAUGAACGGCUGAAACCAAAGCUAACUGGAUGAAUAAACACUAAAAGUGUGCAGCCGCAGCAAGUGGAAACUAGCGAGGAAUGUGCACACAGAUUGGUGUCAUGAGUGCGUCACAAUGAUUGGCAUGUAGGAAAACCAACAGGAAAGAUGAUCCCCCAGAACUUAAAGCCGAAAGAAGAUUGUCCACAAUACCUUUAAAGAAUGUUGUAACAUUGUCUGCAUUAUAGUUGUCUCAGAAAUCCAGGGGGGAAAAAUGUGUUACAGCUGGAAGUUGCAAAACCAGUUGGAUUUUCCUAUUUUUAGGUUCCAGUGGCCAGUUUAGAUGUUAUUAAUGAUGCAAGCUGGUAGCAACUUAUUGCUCUGCUUUAAUGCAUUUAAACUUUAUAGAAACAUGUUCACUAACAGAGGCUGUGAUGUACUAAGUUUGGGAGUAAUUUAAUGACAAAUGAACAGACAAAAGCACAAGAGUAGAAAUGGAUAUUUAAAUUAUCACCACAUAUUAGAGAAGCAGAUGAAAAAUGUCUGGCUUUCCGAGUCCGAGUUCCAACUUUCGGGGGCAUCCUCUGUGAUUUCGCUGCUGUCCAACUCUGAAAUGUGAACUCCAGAGUUGAAACGUUACGCAAGUGUGUGAUGUGUUCAUAUGUAUAUCACCGGGGUUCAUUUAAGUAAAUUUACAUGUCUGACUUAUGCUCUAAUAAAUGUUAUUCUCGACCAUAAA